AUGCUAAUCCCCGCUACGCGCGCCAGUAUUCAACACGUUAAUGCGUUUCUCGCUGAAGCCAAAAUGACGGCAGUCAUGAAUCAUCCGCACGUCGUGUCCUUCAUCGGUGUUGCGUGGGAUUCGCUCUCGGAUUUGUGCGUAGUGCUUGAGUUCAUGGAUGGUGGAGACCUGCGCACUCUGCUGGACAAGUACAUCACCUCGAAGCACGCUGGCGGCUUCGACCGGCAGAAGGCCACCAUCGCGCUCCACGUUUGCCACGCGCUGACGUACCUCCACUUGCUUGCACCGCCCGUCAUCCACCGAGAUCUCAAGUCGCGCAACGUGCUACUCAGCAGGACUAUGGAGGCCAAGCUCACAGAUUUUGGGAUUUCUCGAGAACGAAUAGACCGAACGAUGACUGCGGGGGUUGGUACUUCGCUGUGGAUGGCUCCUGAGGUGAUGCUGGGCGAGAGAUACGACGUGAAGGCUGACAUGUUCUCGUUUGGGGUGGUGUUGUCCGAGCUGGACAGCCACACGCUGCCGUACGCUCAGACGAAUAAGAAAACUCGUGAAACGGAGGGCCGUCAGCUCACGGAUGCGCCUUUGCUGCAGAGAGCGAAUGUGGAAUCGAUCACGGAGCUGGGCAAUGCUUGUGUUUCUGUCGAUCCGUACAAUCGUCCUAGCGCAGCCGAAGCUUUGUACAAGCUUCAGGUAGUGCUGGCGCAGGAGUUGGCAUGA